UUAUUUGGGGUUUAGGGUUUUUGGGUCUGUGAAAGGAUGGCGUCGAGACCAGAAGUGGUUGCGCCGCCUGAGAUUUUCUACGACGACGUCGAAGCUCGCAAGUACACUUCUUCUUCCCGUAUUGUUCAAAUUCAGGCGACACUCUCAGAGAGAGCCCUCGAGCUACUCGCUUUACCUGAUGACGACGUUCCCAAAUUACUCCUUGAUAUCGGUUGUGGAUCGGGACUGAGCGGCGAGACGCUAUCGGAGAAUGGGCACCAUUGGAUUGGUCUUGACAUUUCAGCAUCGAUGCUUAAUGUUGCGUUGGAGCGAGAGGUUGAGGGUGACCUUCUACUUGGUGACAUGGGUCAAGGUUUAGGGCUUCGUCCUGGAGUUAUUGACGGGGCUAUCAGUAUAUCCGCUGUUCAGUGGUUAUGCAAUGCUGAUAAAUCCUCUCACAACCCUCGAUUAAGAUUGAAGGCCUUUUUUACAUCCUUAUAUAAAUGCUUAGCAAAUGGGGCUAGAGCAGUAUUUCAAGUGUAUCCUGAAAAUAUAGACCAACGUGAAUUGAUUUUAAAUGCUGCAAUGCAUGCUGGAUUUGCUGGUGGUAUAGUGGUGGAUUUUCCACACAGUUCGAAGAGGAGAAAGGAGUUCCUUGUUCUCACAUGUGGUCAACGUUCAGUAAAUGCAUCUGUGUCAUCCAAAGGUAAAAACGAAGAUGGAGAGAGUUGCUCUGAUGAGGACAGUGAAGAUGAAGAAAAUCAGACAGUAUGUAUCUCAGACAGGCAUAGACCGCGGAAGAAACAGAAAAAGAAUAAUAAGAGCGGGAAGGGAAAGGAAUGGUUACUAAGGAAGAAGGAGCAGAUGAGGAGAAGGGGAAAUGCUGUUCCUCCAGAUACCAAGUACACUGGCCGGAAAAGGAAGGAUCGCUUUUGAUUUUAUUUGGCAUUUGCCUCAGGGUGGUGAGACAUUUAUCAUUUGUUAAUGGGCAUUAUGAAUUGCAUCUUACUCGGGUCCUGAAGGGCAACCCUCAAUUACAGUCAAAUUUCUUCGAUGGAGUCUUGUAGGAUAUUUAUGUGGUUUGUUGGAAUAUCAAUUUUUUUAUUUUGAAGUGGAGGAUCCUGAUUCAUUUGGGGCCUGUAAUUUUGUAUGUGGUUUUAAAUACAGAUAAUAUUAUUAGCCAUUCUUAUGCAUUUUAAUGUAAGGCGCACAAUUCCAGAAUAGCUUUUCAAGUAACUAGUAAUUAUAGUUGUGUAUCCAUUUUAUAUUUA